GUGAAAGAGAUCCAAGAAAACGUCGAGUGAAACCUGUGGCCCACAGUUUGGUACAAGUGAACUUUGGUAGCUAUGAGGACAGUGAGGAUGACAGCGACUUUGACAUCAGCAAAUUCGGAGAGGUUGACAAUGUUGGUGCCGAUUCAAAACAAAAUGAUGGACAGAAGGAGGAAGCUGUACAGAAGCUGAACGAGGAUGGUGCGGGGGAUGAGGAAAACGGAGAGGACGAAAGUGAAAGUUCGGAUGAUUCAGAUGAUGAAGGUAGUGAAGAGUCUGAGGAUGAGGAGGAGAGUGCUGAGCCCAAAGUUUCGGCGAAAGGCAGACGCACGGCUCCCCUCGCUGCUACUGAAGCUGCCACGUCUGUGAACAAUGACAACGCUGAUGUUGCCAUGGCGUCCGACGAAGUUAGUGAGGACGAAGAUGAUGACGAUGACUUGGAGGAGACGGAUGAGGAUGGUGAUGUCAGUGACGAUGAAGGAGAGGAAGAAGAGGAAGAUGAGGAGGAGGGAGAUAGCCAGAGUCGGAGUCCAGAAGAAAAGGGCCUAGGUCACAUUCUCAGUAUGAUUGAUAGCGAUGAAGAUGAUGAGGAUUAUGUGCCCAAGAAGCGAAAGAAGAAAGCAUCUGGCAAGGGGAACAAAGGAUCUCAGAGCGCAAACAAAACAACAACCAAGCCGACGACGUUUGGAGCGGCCCAGGCUUCUGGUGCUCCUGUCGAUCCUGAUGCAUUGUGGGAAGCUGCGCCGCAGGGCAGGAUCAAAGUCAUAGUGUGCUGUGUGUGUUUGUCGGACAGAAGGUGUGUGAAUUGUGCCCUAAUACUGGAGGAAUUUUUAAAGAGACAGACAAUGGAAAAUGGGUUCACAUUGUGUGUGCGCUGUACACACCGGGAGUGGCCUUUGGCGACGUGGACAGACUGGCCCUGGUCACUUUGUACGAGAUGCCGUACGCCCGGUGGGGGGCACGGGAAUGUUCUCUGUGUGAAGACUCUCGGUUCAGCCAAACUGGCGUUUGCAUUAACUGCGACGCUGGGAUGUGCAAAGCCUACUUUCACGUCACAUGUGCUCAGAGGGAAGGACUGUUAGCAGAAGCGUCCCCUGAAGAGGUUAUGGAUAUUGCAGAUCCGUUCUUCGCCUACUGCAAGCUGCACGCUGACAAACUGGUGUCCAAGAUGAAGAGGAGGAACUGGCUGGCCAUACAGUCUCAGGUCAAGAUGCACAAGCCCAACUUGAUGGUGGAAGAGAAGGAGAAGAUGCGCUUUCAUCGCAAGCUGAAGAGGCACAGAGAGAAGUACAGUUUGUCCAAACUGAAACGACCUCCGACGUGGCUGCCGACCCAGAAGAUGGUACGACACCUCCACAGCAGUCCGUCGGCGGUCAGGGGGUUCUUGAGGAAAGCAGAACUGAUGGGGGUCAUAACACAGUCGCAGACGGUUCCGGUAGAGAAGCAGGAAGCCAGGAAGAAAGUUCAAGGACAGCCGCAGUUCACCUCGGAGUUCAUCAACUAUUUCAUGGAUCGGAACAUCAAGAUGGACAAUCUGAAGCAGUCGUUGUCUGAGCUGACCAAACAGAAAGUCAAACUUCAAGCCCAGGAGAAAUCCGUGCGCACUCAGUAUGAGAAGGUGCACGGAGAAGUGAACAAGCUGAGAGAGAAGGAGAACGGCCUGCGACAACAAGGGGAGUCACUCUGCGGCAUGCUGGCAGACAUUUACGGCAAGCCGGUUCCAAACAUUCCUGAAAUCUUCAAGAGCAAGAAGCGGAACAGGUCGCCGAGCAAGACAGAAGUUCCGUCCUCUCCAACAACGCUGAUCAAUCCAUGUGGCGUGUGCUGUAAGACCAACGAGCAACACCUGAUGGCCAAGUGCGACAGCUGCAAGAAACAUUACCACCUGGGCUGUCUGGACCCGCCGCUCACGCGCAUGCCCAAGAAGACCAAGUUGUUUGGAUGGCAGUGCAGCUUCUGUGUGGUGUCCAGCAGCGACGAGUCCAUGACCAGCGCCCCCAAUGUUGACCAGCCGCGGAGACUCCGGGAGACCAUCAAGGAGCCAGACAAGUUCUUCCACCUAAGUCACAUACAAGAUUCUCUGAAGAGCCAGCAAAAGAAAAGUCUCCUGUCCAAAAAGAGCAAGCAGAGGAGGAUGGCCGCGGCCAAGAAAGUAGCCAAGACGUCCAGCUCACCCACCGGCAUCACUUCCUCGAGACCCGCGUCCGCCCGCAAAAAACAACCGAGCCCCAAGGCAAGGGCUUUGGCCGCGACGUCUGACGCGGUGAAGACACCCAAGAUGUCCGCCAGCCCCUCGUGGUCGGGGCUGGCUGGUCUGUGCGGUGGGUCGGAGGGUCAGGGCUUGGUGCCUCUGGAUAUCAUGUGUGUGGUGUGCAACAAGGACGGGACCGUCGCAGACACCGUCAGGUGUGACGAGUGCAUGUUGGCCUACCAUCUGCUGUGCCUGGACCCGCCCAUGAAGAAGUCUCCAAAGGUGCGCGGAUACGCCUGGCACUGUGAGGCCUGCGACAACAUGUCACGCGACUCG